CGUGAGAAGACUUUUCACAAAUUGAUUGGGGGGAUGGCACUUCAAUUAAACCCCACACGCAACCUCACUGUCUCUGCAAGCGUACAACAAACAACUAACCCCCUCCCUCUCUCUCUCUCCCCCUCAUAUCUCGCUUGAAGUAGGCUUGAUCUUGUGUCUGCGCGUGUCCCGUUCUCUUCUCCAAUUAUAAACCCUAGAAUUUAUUUAUAUAUUGUGUACACACGCAGUCGGAAAUGGAUGUUAUUAAGUUGUGGAAUGAUAAGCAAGAAAGAGAGAUGUAUGAGAAUUUUGCGGAGUUGUUUGCGAUAAUUAAAGCUACUGAAAAGCUUGAAAAAGCGUAUGUCAGGGAUGUUAUUUCGUCCUCGGAGUAUGAAGUUGAGUGCCAGAAAUUGAUUGCGCAUUUUAAGACCUUAUCGUCUACGCUUAAGUAUGCGAUUCCCAGUGUUGAGAAGUUUCACGAGACUUACAAAUUGGACUGUCCUGCUGCGAUAAAUCGUUUGGUGGUUUCUGGCGUACCUGCUACAGUGGAGCACAGAGCGGCGGCUGCGAUUUCAUCUGCUGCUUCGGCUUCUGUUGUUGCAGAAUGUGUACAGAAUUUUAUUACGGCUAUGGAUUCAUUGAAGCUGAAUAUGGUGGCUGUUGAUCAAGUUCAUCCAUUGUUGUCUGAUUUGUCAGCUUCGCUUAACAAGCUGAAUUUGUUGGGGCCUGAUUUCGAGGGGAAGGUAAAGAUGAAAGAGUGGAUUGUGAGGCUGGCGAAGAUGGGGGCAGCAGAUGAGUUGACGGAGCAGCAGGCGCGGCAGCUUCACUUUGAUUUGGAGUCGUCUUACAACUCUUUUAUGGCGGCUUUGCCUUCUGCUGGGACUUAGUGUGAUUCUGGUAUGGUGUAAAUAAGUGGUAUAUUCUAAUGCCUGAAUGUUAUGUAUCAUUAUGUCUUCGCUCAUUAGUUCUUAACACACCAGUGUUUUGUUUGGAGAUUCACUACUGAUUUUGUAACUUAGGUAUGUUUGAGUGGCUGAAUUACUGGUUUUCAACUGACAGAUGUAACUAGUAUGAACAAUGUAUUUGUAGAAUUGCAAUCAUAUUUAUUUUGCUUGAUGAUUUA